AGGUUUUCUUCCUCUUGCCUUUGGUUAUCCUCAAUUCUCUCGGAUUCACUCAACAGAGACGCCAAAACCCUAAUCAAUCACAAUGAAGUAUAAUCCUAGAGUUUCCAGCUCCCGCCGUAAGAAUCGUAAGGCUCACUUCUCAGCGCCGUCGAGCGUCCGGCGGAUUUUGAUGAGCGCGCCCCUCUCCGGCGACCUCCGUUCCAAGUACAAUGUCCGCUCGAUGCCGAUUCGCAAGGACGACGAAGUUCAGGUCUUGAGAGGAACCUACAAAGGCCGUGAAGGUAAGGUCGUACAGGUCUACCGUCGGAAGUGGAUCAUUCACAUUGAGCGCAUCACCAGAGAGAAGGUGAACGGCUCCACCGUCAAUGUCGGAAUCAAGCCGUCGAAGGUUAUGAUCACAAAGCUCAAGUUGGAUAAGGACAGGAAGUCUCUGCUUGAUCGUAAGGCUAAGGGCCGUGCUUCUGCAGAUAAGGAUAAGGGCACUAAAUUCACCGCUGAGGAUAUUAUGCAAAGCGUCGACUAAUUUUGAUCUGGUGAAAAUUUUGAAACUUUUGUUAGUUCUAUCUAGCCCUUUCUCUGUUUUGAUUUGCUUUUAAAUUUAAGAUUUUGUCUUAUUUGUUCUGGAAAGAGGAGACUUAUUGUUUUUUUAAUUUUGAUGCUUUGAGUUCUGCCGUUGCUCUCGGUACCUGGAUUUUUGGUUAAUUUUCAAUGCAAUAUCAUAAGAUUCCUUUUCUAA